AUGACCGUGGAGUAUAUCUGGCCCGGAACCUGCCCCCCUGGUGUUUCGGCGAAACGGUUGAAGUCGCUUUGGUUUGUCAGGGGCCAAACUCUGCACGUCGAGUCCAACGAAGCCGUCGAUGCCGACGAGAUCCCCAUCAUCGACGUGGCGGGCAUCUACAGCGACAAGUUAAAAGACCGACAAGCCGUGGCGGACAAGGUCCGCGAGGCUGCCCAUCGCAUUGGGUUCUUCUACGUGAUCAACCACGGCUUCGACGUGAAACUAACAGACGGGGUCUUCGAGCAAGCCAAACGCUUCUUCAAACUCCCCAUGGAAAAGAAGUUGGUGGUCGACACGACCUCGUGCCCAAGGAGAACGUAG